AUGGGAGCCUUUUGCUGGACUUUCUCCCUCCUGAUGGGAGUGAUGCUGCUGGGUGGCCACGGCUGCCUCUGUGGGACCCAGUCUCUAGAUGAUGGCUUUAGUUCUGGUGGGGCUUCAGGGCGCAGGCCCCCCCACCUUUUUUUCAUCAUGGUUGAUGACCAGGGUUACGGGGACAUCGGUUACCAUGGCUCUGACAUCCGAACCCCUGUGUUGGACCAGUUGGCAGGGGAAGGGGUCAAACUGGAGAAUUAUUACGUCCAGCCUAUCUGCUCACCUUCUCGCAGCCAGCUCAUGACCGGACGCUACCAAAUUCAUACCGGCCUCCAGCAUUCGAUUAUCAGACCACGGCAGCCUCUCUGCCUGCCCCCAGACACCCCAACCCUGCCUGAGCGGCUGAUGGAAGCUGGGUACGCCACCCACAUGGUAGGCAAGUGGCACCUGGGCUUCUGCCGGCCAGGCUGCCUCCCCACAGGUCGAGGUUUCCAAACCUUCCUUGGCACGCUGACGGGCAGCGGGGACCACUUCACCUAUCGGAGCUGCGACGGUGCUGAAGCAUGUGGCUUCGAUCUGCAUGACGGAGAGAGGCCCGCCUGGGAGAUGGCCGGCAAUUACUCCACUCGGCUCUACAUAGAAAGAGUGAAACAGAUCCUGAGGAGCCACGACCCUCACAAACCCCUCUUCAUGUACCUGUCCCUCCAGGCCGCCCACACACCCCUGCAGGUACCCGACCACUUCCUGCAUCAAUACGAUUCUCUGGACAACCGUAUGAGGCGGCAUUACGCAGGCAUGCUGAGUUGCCUGGACAAUGGGAUUGGGGAAGUGGUCCAAGAACUGCACGCCAGCGGGCUAUACCACAACUCGGUGUUGAUCUACUCAUCUGAUAACGGAGGGCAGACGCUUUCUGGUGGUAGCAACUGGCCUCUGAGGGGUGGCAAGGGAACCUACUGGGAAGGGGGUGUCCGGGCUGUGGGCUUUGUCCAUAGUCCUCUACUGAAAAGGAAGGGUGUGAUAAGUAAAGCGCUGAUCCACAUUUCUGACUGGUAUCCAACCCUGCUGGGGCUGGCUGGGGCCCCACUGUCACACCGAGGCCUAGACGGCCACGAUGUGUGGGGUGCCAUCAGUGAGGGUCAGCCGUGCCCCCGCACCGAAAUCCUCUUCAACAUAGACCCGGUGUCCAGGCGACCCGGGGAACCCUUUGACCACAUGCUGCUGCUCAACGGCUUUGGGAUCUGGGACACGGCGGUAAGGGCAGCCAUUCGUGCUGGCGACUGGAAGCUCCUUACAGGCAAUGUUGGCGACGGGGACUGGAUACCCCCGCAGACCCUGCCCGUACGUCCAGAGCGGUGGCAGGGCCUAGAGAAACGACGCGACCAGUGUAGGAAGUCUGUCUGGCUCUUCAACAUCACCGCCGACCCCUUUGAGAGGUCAGACAUGGCAGAGGCACGUCCGGAGUUGGUCAAACAUCUGCUAACCAGGCUGGCAGAGUACAACCAGACGGCUGUGGAGGCCAUGAACCCACCGGAUGACCCCAUGGCUGACCCGCAUCUUCAUGGGGGGGUGUGGAGCCCCUGGCUGGGCCUGGGCGGGGAAAGGGGAGACAGCAGCAAGGACGAUGAGAAGUUGGAGAGGAAGACAAAGAUGAGGCACUGUAAGGUGUGCAAACUGAAAGCUCUCUUCAAAAGGGUGGGUUCACGUCUGCAAAGGAACGCCAUGUUUUUCUAG